AUGCUUAGACGGCGGCAGUUGGCGGCACCAGGCGCGUCUGCCGCUUUGCCCGCGCUGUGCAGUGUGCUUUGUGCAAGCCAGCAGGGCCGCCUCUUUCACACGUCCCAGGCAGCGCUCAACAGCGGCACCUCUAAUAGCAACCCUCAACAGCGCUCCGCUGCCGACGAGGACAAGGAGGAGCUCGAGCGGGAACGCAACCUGCGCGAGAAGUUCGCCGAGAAGAUUCAGCAAGGCAUCCCUCAACAACCGCAGCAGGGUGGCGCGGGCGGUGGCCUCGGGUCCGGCUUCGGCCCCGGUCCUGCGUGGGGCAUGGGUGGUGGGGCUGGGCCGAUGCCUGGACAGGCGCCGUUCCCUCCGGACGCCGCGCGGAAGAUGUUCAACUUCAUGUUCUACCUCACAGCUUUCAUGUUCCUCUUGGUGAUGGCCCCCCUUGCGAACCAAAACUCGCCCAUGUACACGAUGCAAGGGCUGCCGUGGUGGGAGCUGCCCCUCGGCUCCGCCGCGUACUUCUUCCUCCUUCGCGCGCUGUACUCGCGCCGUGAGCAAAAUCGUAUCAAGACGGAGUUCGAGAACGCCGCCCGCGCAAACCCGUCCCUGACGUUUGAUCAGUUCAUGUCUCACCACUACCCGACCAUGUUCCAGGGCUACCGCACCUCGCAGCCGGAGAUGGUGGCGGCGGUGUCGGCGUGCUUGUCAGCCGCGAAGGAUCUGAAGUUUGCGCAGACGAUGGUGCGCGCAGCGGGACGUGCGAAGGACCCUCGCGCGUCGACCGACGACAUCAUGGACGCGUUGCGCCGCGACUUCCCUCAGCUGUUCUGA